AUGUUUGAUAUCAACUUUGAGAAUUACAAGGGAGAAAGGCAAAUGGUGUGGCAAAAUUCUUGGGCAUACAGCACUCGAACGAUUGGAGUGAUGGUGAUGGUUCAUGGAGAUGACAAGGAAUUAGUAUUGCCACCUAAAGUUGCAUCUGUCCAAGUCAUAGUUAUUCCCGUGCCUUACAAAGAUGCUGACACUCAAGCCAUCUGUGAUGCUUGUUCUGAAACUGCUAGAGAGUUGAAUAGAGCCGGUUUCCGUGCUGAGACAGAUCUAAGAGACAACUACUCACCUGGUUGGAAGUAUUCACACUGGGAGUUGAAAGGAGUUCCCUUGAGGAUUGAGAUAGGUCCAAAGGAUAUGGCCAGAAACCAGAUUAGAGACCUACUGGACAAUGUCCAACAAAGCCUAUUUGAUGCUGCAAAGAAAAAACGUGAUGCUUGUAUUACGGUAGCUAAGACAUGGGAAGAGUUUACCGCGGCCUUAAAUGAGAAGAAGAUGAUCUUAGCUCCUUGGUGUGAUGAGGAGGAAGUCGAAAGAGAUGUUAAAGAACGUACCAAGGGUGAGACGGGAGCAUGCAAGACUCUUUGCACCCCUUUCGAUCAGCCAGAGCUCCCAGAGGGGACGCUGUGCUUCGCGCCUCUGGAAAACCCGCCAAAAAGUGGACUUACUGGGGCAGAAGCUACUAGUCCAAAUGGUGUUCUUUGA